AUGGCGGACGUCAGUGCGCUAGGAUUACCGCUCAAUGACGGGACAUCUGCACCGCUGAUCCGUCUUGAGUUUCGGUACCGCCAAGUAGAUAUAGUGCUGGUGCUCGCUUAUGGUGGUGCCUGCUUCUUUUCAUUCUGGGCUUUAGCUAUGCACGCACAAUCACCUACGCGUCAAGCCGCUACACUCGGUUUCUACCUGCUCAUGGGUCUGGCCUCGCUGACUCGCGUCUUGUGGUUCGCCACACCUUUUGGUGUACAUUCGGUUUUAGUGGAGCCACCACGGAUUAUGAUGGGGGACAAUGGAUGGGCGCAAUUUUUAUUAGCUGAAGCAGUGGAAUUACUGGGGUCAUAUCUUCUUUACAGUGUCUUUGUGCUUAUUGUCGUCUUUUGGGCAGAUAUGCUACGUCGCCUCUUCACACACGAGAGUGUGAGAUCUCACCCACUACGCGUCUUUUUCUCUCUAUUGGGUGCAAUAUUGGCGAUUCAAACGAUGGGGUUUGCAGUCUUUGCUGCAAAGAAAGAAGACUCUUACUGGCUUCUAGUCUACGAUGACGUUGUCAUGUGUCUCUUGUCAGUUGGUUCGCUUGCGGCAGUACUCGUGUAUUCAUUUCGAAUGAAAACUGUGCUCCAAGCUUUUCUGGAAGUUAGCCAGAUUGAUACCACCGACAGGAUCAGGGCAGUGAAUUGGGCUACAUUUAUUUGCACAUUCUUUCUCAUUGCCAACAGUAUCUUUUUAACGUAUUCAAUCGUGAGUCUUGCGCAUUUUCAUCAAGCAGGAGUAUACCUCAAGUCAACGUGGUGGUGGCUUUUUGUGGCUUUAAAGCAUCUUGUUGAAAUCUUCGUAUUGUACUUCUUACUUUAUACUUUAUGGGGAAAGAGUUCGGACGAUGCAGAGAAUUCGAAGGACGAAUAUGAACAGAUUCCAGAUGGAAGCUACCUCGGUGACGACGACUUCAAUAGUAUUCAUGCGUCAGGCUCGUUGCCUAAUACACCCAAGCGUCUUCGCUAG